GGCGGCGGCGGAGCGGGAGCUGGGACUGGGCACGGGCAGAGCGCGGCGGCGCGGGUAUAUUCCAGAGAACAGGUCUUCAAACAUCUUUGCUGUAUUGACUCUGAGCUGUCAGGGGACUCAGGCUUAUGAGGAGGUUCUGUCACACAAAACAGUGUCUAGUGAAGACGACAAGAAACAGGGGAAAGGAUAGGAAAAAGAAGCUAAAGUACUAUAGAAAACCAUGAGAUCUAUUCGAUCUUUUGCCAAUGAUGACCGCCAUGUUAUGGUAAAACAUUCAAUGAUCUAUCCAUCUCCAGAGGAACUUGAAGCUGUUCAGAAUAUGGUGUCUACUGUUGAAUGUGCUCUUAAACAUGUCUCAGAUUGGUUGGAUGAAACAAAUAAAGGCACAAAAACAGAGGGUGAGACGGAAGUGAAGAAAGAUGAGGCCGUAGAAAACUACUCCAAGGAUCAAGGUGGUCGGAUAUUGUGUGGUGUAGUGAGGAUUAGCCUGGUUGCAAAAGGCUUGCUGAUUAAAGAUGAUAUGGACUUGGAGCUGGUUUUAAUGUGCAAAGACAAACCCACAGAGACCCUGUUAAACACAGUCAAAGAUAAUCUUCCAAUUCAGAUUCAGAAACUCACAGAAGAGAAAUACCAAGUGGAGCAAUGUGUAAAUGAGGCAUCUAUCAUAAUUCAGAAUACAAAGGAACCCACGCUAACUUUGAAGGUGAUACUUACUUCCCCUCUAAUUAGGGACAAAUUGGAGAAGAAAGAUGGAGAAAAUGUUGCGAUGAAAGAUCCUCCGGAUUUAUUGGACAGGCAGAAAUGCCUGAACACCUUGUCAUCGCUCCGACAUGCCAGAUGGUUUCAGGCAAGGGCAAAUGGAUUAAAAUCCUGUGUAAUUGUCCUGCGUAUUCUGCGUGAUUUGUGCAACAGAGUUCCCACGUGGGCACCAUUAAAAGGAUGGCCACUAGAGCUUAUAUGUGAAAAGUCUAUAGGUACUUGUAAUAGACCUUUGGGCGCUGGGGAGGCCUUGAGACGAGUAAUGGUGUGUUUGGCAUCUGGAAUACUACUUCCUGGGGGUCCUGGUCUUCAUGAUCCUUGUGAGCGAGACCCAACAGAUGCUCUGAGCUAUAUGACCGUUCAACAAAAAGGAGAUAUUACCCACAGUGCACAGCAUGCACUCAGACUAUCAGACUUUGGCCAAAUUUAUAAAGUUUUGGAGAUGGACCCCUUUCCAUCCAGUAAGCCUUUUCAGAAAUAUUCCUGGUCAGUUACUGAUAAAGAAGAUAAGUGGUAA